AUGUUCCGUUUCGCCCGUUCCUGUGCCCCUCGUGCGAUGAACGUUCAGCAGCGCUUCCUGAAUAUCCACGAGUUCCAGUCCAAGAAGAUCCUAAAGGAGCACGGCUGCAAGGUCGAGUUUGGCAUCCCCUGCAAGACCGCCGAGGAGGUCGAGGCCGCCUGUAACAAAAUCAAAACCGACAAGAAGGUCGUGAAGUCCCAGAUCCUGGCCGGUGGACGCGGUAAGGGGUCCUUCGUGGACGGGUUCAAGGGUGGGGUGCACGUCUGUGACAACACCGCGUCCGCGGUGGAAAUGGGGAAAAAGAUGCUGGGCAACACCCUCGUGACCAAGCAAACCGGGCCGAAGGGGCAGACGGUGCACACCUUGUACGUCACGGAGGCGGUUUCGGGUAUUAAGCGGGAGUUGUACAUUUCCCUGAUCCUUGACCGAAAGACCGCCUCGCCGAUGUUUAUUGGCAGCGCUGAGGGUGGUAUGGGUAUUGAGGAACUGGCCCAGACUAGCCCGGAAAAGAUCAAGACGAUGCGGGUGAAUGUCCUCGAAGGAAUCGAUCACGACAGCUGCGUGAACUUCGCAAAGGAGCUUGGGUUUGAUGGCGAUUCCGCAGUACGGAUGGCAGAGCAGAUUAAAAACAUAUAUAAUGUCGGCAAAACCAAGGAUUGCACGAUGGUUGAGAUCAACCCUCUUGUCGAGCUUGAGAAUGGCGAUGUUAUGAAUAUUGAUGCCAAGCUCAGCUUUGAUGACAACGCGGCUUUCCGACAAAAGGAAAUCUUCGAGUUGGAGGACAAGUCCGUAGUUGACGGAAAGGAGAUAGCCGCCAGGGAGGCCGACCUUAACUACAUUGCGCUGGAUGGCAGUGUUGGUUGCCUUGUGAACGGUGCUGGUCUUGCAAUGGCUACAAUGGACCUUAUUUCUUUGCACGGUGGUAAGCCCGCCAACUUCCUGGAUGUGGGUGGUAGCGCUGACGAGUCUCAGAUCGAAGUUGCCUUCAAAAUUAUCCUCAGCGAUAAAAAUGUAAGGAGCAUAUUGGUGAAUAUUUUUGGUGGGAUCAUGCAGUGUGAUACCAUUGCGAAUGGUAUUGUAAAUGCUGUUAAGGGAGCUAAGACUGAAGUCCCAAUCGUUGUACGUCUUAGCGGCACUAAUGAGGCUCUUGGAAAGGAAAUUCUUACCAAGAACGGUCUGAAGAUUUAUUCUUCAGAAGGAUUUGAUGAGGGUGCGAGGAUGGCAGUUGAAUAUGCUAAGUAA